AAAGCGUAACGGGCAAGAUGUUUUCGUUCGCGCUGGCUGUUUGCAUGAUGUUUGCAGCAAACACCGCUGCUAGAAGCGAUCCUGACGCGUACGCAGAAGAUCCGAAACACGUCAACGAACAGAAACUUUCAGCAUUGACAGACCUCGAAGGCGCGCUAUUUAUCAGAAAAAGAGACUACAGGAAGGAAAGCCCGUUUCACUGCCACUACGCCAAGAAAUUGAGGAAUAAUGGCGACGGAACUUUCACGUACGAGCUUGGCGCAAUACGAAAAGGAAAUACGAAAUACGGGAGCUUUGAAGUCGUCGUGACCCCAAUGACAACUGGUGAUCACAAAGAAGAGAAUGCGGCGAGUUAUCAAGAAAGCCCAAAUGAGGUUGCAGGAACUCACAAAAUUGUGACCAUGAACGACGAACGCACUUGCUUCCUUUUGUCGCUGCAAUAUGGCUCCUCAAACGUUUGCAUUUUACUGAUGACAGCAGAGACAGUUGGCAGCGAGGUGAUUCCUGAGCCGUGCAAUAGCGUCUACGAACAAUACUGCGGAGAAAGCAUCGAAAUAUAUCAGAGCCAUUGUUCGCCGCCGCCCUCUUAAUAGUACACCAACAUUGCAAACAUAUGCAGAAUAGGUCUUGUGUGAAUAAAAAUGUGCU